GCUUAGCUCCAGCGCUCGCUCAGCCACCAGGAGCACCCAGAGGGACGGGAGCCGGCCGCACGGCCCCGGGCUGGGUAGGGUCUCAGCCGCCAUGGAUAGCGACGAUGAGGUGGUGGAGGAAGCCGUGGAAGGGCACCUGGACGAUGACGGAUUACCACACGGGUUCUGCACUGUCACCUACUCCUCCACGGACAGAUUUGAGGGCAACUUUGUGCAUGGAGAAAAGAAUGGGCGUGGGAAAUUCUUCUUCUUUGACGGCAGCACCCUGGAGGGAUAUUACGUGGACGAUGCCCUGCAGGGCCAGGGCGUUUACACCUAUGAGGAUGGAGGUGUUCUCCAAGGCACCUAUGUGGAUGGAGAGCUGAAUGGACCGGCCCAGGAGUACGACUCUGACGGGAGGCUGAUCUUCAAGGGACAGUACAAAGACAACAAUCGACACGGAGUGUGUUGGAUCCAUUACCCGGAUGGAGGCAGCCUCGUCGGGGAAGUCAAUGAAGAUGGAGAGAUGACGGGAGAAAAGAUCGCCUAUGUGUACCCUGACCAGAGGACUGCGCUCUAUGGGAAGUUCAUUGACGGAGAGAUGCUCGAAGGGAAACUGGCCACCCUCAUGGCCACCGAAGAAGGGAGGCCACACUUUGAAGUGACGUCGGGAAGUUCCGUGUACCACUUUGAUAAAUCGACUUCCUCCUGCAUCUCCAGCGAUGCUCUCCUUCCAGACCCUUAUGAGUCUGAGAGGGUUUAUGUUGCCGACUCUCUCAUCUCCAGUGCUGGAGAAGGGCUGUUUUCCAAGGUAGCAGUUGGACCUAAUACUGUUAUGUCGUUUUAUAAUGGAGUCCGAAUUACACACCAAGAGGUUGACAGCAGGGAUUGGGCCCUAAAUGGGAACACUCUCUCCCUGGACGAGGAGACAGUCAUUGAUGUGCCCGAGCCCUACAACCACGUGUCCAAGUACUGUGCCUCCUUGGGACACAAGGCCAAUCACUCCUUCACUCCGAACUGCGUCUAUGACCUGUUUGUCCACCCCCGUUUCGGGCCGAUCAAGUGCAUCCGCACCCUGCGAGCUGUGGAGGCCGAGGAAGAGCUGACCGUUGCCUACGGCUAUGACCACAGCCCCCCGGGGAAGAGUGGGCCUGAAGCCCCCGAGUGGUAUCAAGUGGAGCUGAAGGCCUUCCAGGCCACCCAGCAGAAGUGAAAGGCUUGGCACUGGGUCCCAGAGACCUGGAGUAGAAACUUGGAUCUAUGCACUACAUUUAUCUGACAACGGGACAACCAGGGACUAUUCAUGCCAUGACAUCACAUCCUCUCACCCUGCGUUAGCAACGACUCUCUCUCUCUCUCUCUCUCUCUCUCUCUCUCUCUCUCCCCCCCCCCUCUCUCUCUCUCUCGCAUACUAACUAGGUUUGACUGUAUUACUCGUACCAGAUUUAAAAUUAGCUAGCCUUGCCACAACGCCCUACUGAGAGGUACUGUCGAACUGUAGACAGCAUGAUGUUCUUUGAUGGUGAAAGUCUAAAUCUGGACCGUGUUCAGAGAUACCAAAUGAUGAGGCUGAAAAGGGGAAACGGGGUUCUUCAGUCUCUUCUUCUUCUUUUUAUUUUUUUUUCCAUGAUGUUUUCUCUAUGGCCAGUGCAAAUGGUGUUGUCACCCUUGCAUGUUGCCAACCGCAGGGCAGGAAGCAAUUACAUCUUUAUAUACACGUAGGGUCAUUUGCCUUUUAACCUUUGAUCUGUAUCUCUUGCAGUAGAAUGGCUUUGUUUUUGUUGUUCCUCUCCUAGUGACCCGAAGCCCAGUGUUUUGAGUAAUUUCUUUAGCUUCACUAUACUAGCUAUACUUUACAAGAGAAAGCUUCCACUUGGAUUUUGCAUUUGUAGCAGCGUACAGGUCUCUCUGGUCCUUUCUCUGCCAUUUCACUCUUACGUCCUGAUAUAAAGUCCUGGCUCCUAGGGCCAGACUGUUAUUUAUAGACUUACUAUUCUCGCAUGUAAACAAGGAUAUCUUUGCUUUCAGAUGUGAGAAGAAAUGGAUUUACCUUGUUUGCAUCAAGUUAUGGAAGGGUUUUAAGAUACACUUUCAGGAAGAAGAGAGGGAAGUUAUAUCUAAGCAGUUGUUAUGGCAACUUUGCAGUAUCUCCAGUAGUGUUGCUAAUUUUUUCUUCUUCUUGGGUACACAUUAAUUGUACAUAACCUAGUACAGUCUGGCUUGUGACACACACAGCUCAUUGAAUUCAAACACAAUAGCCAGUGUGCAUUCUAAGGCAGAAUGCAAAAUUCUCUUUGAAAUCAGUGUCACGAAGGCAGACAUGCUGAUAUCGAUAGGUACAAAUCAGAUCUCUAGCUAAGGCUUCUCGUCACAGCGGAUUUCAAAGCAUUUAGCUGCUUCCAAGAGUUCACACCUGCGCGGUUAAUCCCGCUAGCGUCUCAGCCUCCUCAAGCCAUAUGUAAUCACAAUUGCAGAAGUACAGAGAAAACCCCAUUAUUUUACUUUAGCACAUUAGAUCUGUAAUGUAACUGGGUCGCUCUGAAUGAAUGCCGAGUUUGGGGAACACUCCCCUCCCCCAAGGUGUCCAUCACCGAGAAGGCCUGGGAACAACAGUUGCUGAAGCCGGUAGCUGUCCACAGUGCUACCUGUGGCCUGUGUCGGUUUAGGCUUAAAAGCUAAAGCUUUCCAAGCUGCAAUAAAGGGCUCUGGGAAAGGGGAGAGAUGCUUGGGAGUAGGUGGAAAUGGAGAGAGGAGACAGGUAGAGAGCGGUUUGAUAUUCUGUGGUCAGUUGCAUCUUGGUCUUCACAACUUUCAGGAGUGCUUUAUCUGGGGCUGCGACACAGCUUUUCCAUCAAGAGCCCCAGGUGGAGAACUCAGCCCUCAGUUGUGAUAGCCACCCCUGGGCUCUUUCACAAGCUUCCUGACAUACCUACCGUCAGGCUCUGCACCCAGGUGACGAUGCUGCCCGGGAGUGCUAGUCACAUCCCUGUUUGAAAGCUUAAGGAGCGAGUUCCCUCGGGAGAAACGUCCUCUGGACUUUCGAGGAGCCUCCUGCAAAGAGGACUGAAUAGUUUUCAGACUGCAAGUCAGCAGGAUAGGAUGGCUUCUAUUCUGUAGAAAGACACCAUUCAGUAAACUCUGACAGGAGGCUGAGUCUGUGGGUUCAGAUUCUGAGAGGAGCUUUUCUGUAAAUGUGCCCAAAGAGAGUUGGCUGCUUUGGGGAGAACAAUGGCUGAACUUCAGUGACCAGAUGAGAAGGAGGACGGAGGACGAGAGAACAGGUUCCACCUCCAAUCGCCCAGGCUCACAGGAUUUCACACCUGGGGAUGGAACCUUAGCCUCAGUUGCUGUAGGGGCUCAACCUCUAUCCUAAAGGGCUACUCUAGCAAUCUCAUCCAAAUGGGACUCAAAAACAAUUUGGGGGGGCUUAAGGGCCAGCAAAAAACGUUUAGCAGGUAAAGGUGCUGUUGGCAAGCCGAUGGCCUGAGUUAAGCCUUAGGACAUAUAUAGUAGGAGAGAAACAACUCCUGAAGGCUAGCCUCUGACCACACCCAGCAUGGCACGCACCCGCCCCUCCACACACACACACACACACACACAUGUGGCUGGGAAACCGAUCUACUUUUCCCAUCCCACAGUGGAGGAAGACACACUGGACUUCAAACCCAGCAGCAAUGUGUCGGUGACCCUUAGACACAGGAAGCAGACCCUCAGAGCCGAGCCUCCCUGUCUCCCCUCGCCCUGGGUUCCUGGUGCCUUUCAGCUCCUUUUCUUCUGCUGUGUGAGAAGCCUGGGUGUGUGUGUGCAGAAUGGCAGCCCAGCCGAUUGCUCCACCUCUUUCCUUAUGUCUUAAGUUCCUCUUCUCUCUUGCUGGACUCUGUGCCUUUCCCUGACUGUGACCCAUUCCAGUCACUGCCCCUGCCUCCGCCUUCUCUAUCCCUCUCCCUCCCUCUUCCUUUCCCUCCCUCUUCCUUUUACUCCCUCUUCCUCCCUCUUCUUCUCCCUCUCCCUCCCCUCCCCCUUCCCUUGCUUUCCCUUCCCCCUCCCUCCCCUUCCCCCUCCCCUUCUCUCUUCCUCUCUCCAAGUUACCAAGCAUAGGUAACUUGCUUAGUCAUAGGUUGCAACUGUUAAAGAGGCCAGAACCUCACUGUGGAGAAGAGAAGCAGACAGCAUAGGCGCUGCAUAGAGAAUUAGCUGCUGAGGGAGGUUGGGGUUUGCUCCUUGCUUGAACCAAAACAGAAAAGCCUCCGAAUGUGCCUUCUACUGUAGAAGGACAUAGGAAGCGGGCAAGUCUGGUCUUCUCUCAGGAUCAUAAUCACAAACAGCCAUGAUUGAGAUUCUGUGUGGUAGAGAAGAAAAAGAACUGUGCGCUGUCUUCCUGACAGCUGGCGCUUGUGGGCUUACCUGCCUGACGUCAGCACGGGUCUCGAGAGGCCUCAUUCAGAGCUGUCUCAGUCCAACCCUGCAUGACUUGACCCAUCUUUAGCAUCUUUCCUAUGCUGAACUAUUAUUGCCUUGUGUUAGAGUUAGGAGUUAGGACUAGGAACUAAUCCAUGGAGCACGUCCCCCCUAACUGGGGCAUACGCUGGAACUAACAGAAGCAAAAGAAAGAACUGAAAUUAGGACACAAAAGAAUGAUAAGGUUACAGAGUAACAGGCGGAAGACUUGAGUUUCUUAGUACAGAUUCUUAUUUUAAUCCUCUCAAUCCCUGACCUCUCCAGCAACUAAAAAGGAAACCUUUUUUUUUUUUUUGUCAAGGCCUCUUUGAACCUGACUGGGACUAGAGUUCAGCCUCAUUCCCCUUUGGGGUUCAUCAGUCUUGAAAAACUGUUUCCUUAUCACCAACCCUCACACACACACACACACCCACACACCAACAAGGCCAUGUAAUCAUUUACAACAUUUAAUUGUGACAAUUAAAGUUGCGUUGAGCAGCAAAUACAGCUCAAAGUCCAACAUCUGCCUAGCAGCUAGAGGCCCUGGCUUACGUCCCUAGUACUGGGAGUGGAAGGGUCAAUUGUGAACACUGAAAUAAAAGGUUGUCUUCGUGAGACAGUAUGUGACACUUUUAUUAAUUUUACUUAAUUGGUUUAAGAAAAAAAAUCUAAAUUUCUCACUGCAAAAAUGCACUUCUACAUUUUCCAAGAAGGUCAAGAGUUCUAGGCUUUGGUUAUUCUCAAACAGCCACCUCAAAUUCUGUCUUCAAAGUAGAGAUUUAGAAUCCAGACAUCUUUUAUUUUAGACAAACAAGCAAAACUAUGUUGCAAGAUGGAGAGUCGCAAUGUUUCUUUGCUGCAGAUCAAAGGUUCACAAAUAUCUUCAAUUUCCAGGUACAGGGAGGUACCUUGAUAGAUUCCCGCCCUGAGGCUUGCAUUGCUGCAGCGGGGCAGCGGGGCUUGGAUUGCUUUCCCUUCUAAAAUUUUAAGCUUUGGUGUCAGUGUUUUUUGGGUUUUAGUUUUGGAGGGUUGUUUUUGGUUUUGGUUUGGUUUUGCCGGGGUUGGGGAGGGGAGGGGAGGGGUGGUGAUUUUUGUUUUCAAAAAGACUCAAUUUUGUAAGUUUUAUUUUGCCAAACAUGUGCAUACAUAUUCAAAGCAAUGAAACUAUUUCAAGCCAUAAAGCCGCAGGGGUGGAGCCCUUUCCACAAAUUUUAAUGUGUUUGUAUGUAAAUAGCUGUUUGUAUGAAAUAUUUUCAUGGUAGAAUGAAUAUAUUUAAAUGAAGUUGAAUUAUUCCAGUGCUAUUUAAACACAGGACAAAAAUUUUUGGUGAGAAUUAUCUGAGUCUAUUGAGAUAUAAUGCAGAUCAAUUUUCAUUUUUAGAAAUCAAAAAGCCUACAAACCGCUCUGACUGAUGACCACCUCCUGGUGGGGUGGCGUCCGAUGUGAGGUAGGCUUCCCCAGUGCCUCAGCCGCUUUCUGGUGGUAAGUUCGGUGCUAAAGGAGACGUGUUUACCUUUUAGUGAUUCCCGCAGGCCUCUGAGGGGCCUGAGAGCGAAUCGAGGCGUUAGAGACACCGGUGCAGUUAUACGAGCACAAUUAUUUUUGCAGGGCAGCAGAAUCAGAAGCCAGACUUGUAAACCUCGGAGCUGGGUUUCCCGGCUACCUUCACUCGCCACCCCUAACUGCCUAGUCACGAUGUCAGGGAAGCUACCCUCAGUGGAGUUGGGGUCUGGACCCCGGGGUGGGACUUCACAGAGUUACCAAUGCUUUUUGCCUUCUGACCUCCCUCUCCUCGAGGGAGGAGGCGAGCAGCCGCUGGCAGGGGCCAUCCUCAGCACAGUCCUUAUCCAGUCUCAGCUCUGGAAGACUAUGCAUCUAAGCACCCGACUUCAGCCAGAGAGGGAGACUUCCGUGGAUAAUGGAAACCCUUGAUUCCUGUCUGUGAUUUUACACGCAGUUGUUAAAUGUCAUUUUAAUAUGAAGACCAUUCAUGUACCUAAUACCUUCCAACUCUUGAGUUACUGGAAAGAAAAACAAAACAAACAAACAAAAAAUCCUUUACAAAAUGAUAUUUCACUUGAGUGCGUUCCCCAACCCACCUUUGGCCCUGGGUUAUAACAAAACAAUAAUCUGACAAAUUUCACUGUGUACGCUAGCAAUAUGAACACUGAGCCAGUGCCCCCUUACCUAUCUACUUGGUUACUAUAAUUAUUCUUGAUGCUACAGGGGCUAUGUACGUCACACCUGGUGGUUGCAUAAGCGAGUUAUGAAGUUAUGUCCACGAUUCUUGGCUCCUUUCUUCAAAUGUUUUCUUUUUUUUUUCCUCUUGGUUUUUCUAUGUUCUCUUUCUAUCCUACGAGGCAUUUUCUUGGGUUGUGAGGUACGUUUAUGGAGUGGAAGCCAGGGGGUUAUGCUUUCGGCCUUGAUUGUAACCAAAAGUCAACCCAUCACAGUUAAAAAGAAAAAAAAACCAUCUUUGGUCUUUUGUGGAAUUUGAACUAAAUCUAUGAGCCUUAUUCAAUAUAUAAUUCUAUGAUUUUUUUUUUAAUUACGGGAAAUCAAUGGAAGAUGUUUACAUGAGUAAUGUUUGCCCUUACUGUGUUAUGAAUGAAUUUUUUGUAGUGUGUCUGGGCGCAUGUGCAAGAAAGUAGGAAAAAUGUUUCUGAAACAAAACUUGACAAAUAUUUGUAAUGAAAAGUAAACUUAAAGAUUGCUAUAAUUGCGCUAUAGAAACAAUGCAAGUAUUAAACAAAAUAUACAAUC